GGAUUCUAAGACUGAUGUAUUUGGAUUCUAAGACUAAUAUGCCAUACCACACAUUUAUGAUAAGCCUAGAUAUGUGGUCACAGCUUGUUAACAAAUAUGUUUGACUUUCCUAUCAAUGCAACACUCAUGUCACAUAAUCUUCCAUAAUUGGUUUCCCAUAAUUGCUUACAAAAGUUUCUCUGUAAGCAAUUUUUAAUAACAUACUUUGUAAGAAAGAACAUGAAAGUACACAUGGUCAUCAAAAUUCAGAGGUGGCUGAUGCAGACAAAGGUAUGGAGAUUUGUGGGCUUUGCUUCAGCUGCUGUUGGACUGCUUUGUUAUGCUCUAAGCUCUUCCUUUAACUAUCUAUUUGGAAACUGGAAUUUGUUGAAGAUAAUUCUUUACACUGUUUUCAGUUUCAUCAUUUGCAUCAUGAUUUUGUAUGAAAAUAUAUGGAAACAGUCUAGAAGUCUUCGGUUCAAAGCUCAUACAGCUUUUUUAGUAUUGACAAUCACCUCUGUCUAUUCAUUUUACUUCGAUAAAGUGGUAAAUGGAAAACCAGAUGCUUAUAGCCUCAUUUCUUGUGCUGCCUUUGCUAUCAUGUCACUGAGUUUCUCGAGGCAAUCUCAGUGUGGAUUCGAAGUGGAUCUUCUUUACUUUUUUCUCGGAUGUCUAACUGUGUUACUCAUGAAGAUUAAAUUGGAGUUAUUCAUUAUUGGAGCAGGUUUGAGUUACUCCCUUCUCAUUUUUCGUUCUUCCUUUUCAUCUGUAGAAGAAAUUGGAUUAUCUGAAUUCCAAGAUGAAAAUUCAGUAAUUAUUGAUGUAGAUUCGCCACAUCUAGCUAACGCUGAUAUUGCUAGUACGAUUGAACAACUAAAAAAUUAUCUUAACUUGCUACAGCAGAAAAAUCUGAACCUCGUUGACAUGCUUUUGAAGCAUGUGAAUGAAUAUGAUGACUCUGAAAUUAUGUUGCCCAGCCUUAAUUUCAUGAUCGAUGAGUUGCCUUCAGAUUUAAUCAACUACCUUCAUGAAACCGCGAAGUUCAUGGUAAGUGCUGGGUUUGAGGAAGAGUUUUCUAAUGUAUACAUCAAUUGUAGAAGGAAAUGUUUGGAGGAGUGUCUAAUAAAUAGAUUAUUCGGCUUGCAGCAGAUUAACAUCAUGAAUGAAAAUCAAAGGGUGAAAUAUGUAGAUAAUGUGAUUAAAAAGUGGAUCACAGCAUCAGAAAUCUCUCUGAAGAUUCUAUUUCCAUUUGAACAACGACUCUGUGAUCAUGUCUUUUCAGGUUUCGCUUCCUCUGCUACUCGUUGUUUCACAGAGGUUUUCCACGGAGCAACGUUUCAGCUUCUGAAUUUCGCUGAUGCAGUUGCUGAUGGAAGCCCUUCCAUUUGGUGUUUAUUCAAAAUGCUCGCAAUCUUUGAGACAUUGCAUCAUUUGAUAUCGAAAUUCAACUUGGGUCCUGAUUCUUCGGUGAAGGAAGCUGCAGUUAGAGUCCAAAACAGAUUAGGAGAAGCAAUCAGGGACCUUUUCUUGAAACUAAAUUAUCUGACUUUCCGUGUCCCAGCAGCAAAGAAAGUUGCUCGGUCUGAUGGACGACAUCAUCCAAUGGCAGUCCAGAUCAUUAGCUACGUCGCUUCUGCUUGUAGGUCACGCCACACGCUAGAACAAGUUUUGCAGGAAUAUCCCAAGGUGAAUAAUGGAGUAGUGCUGAAAGAUUCUUUUAUAGAACAGAUGGAAUGGAUAAUGGAUAUGUUAGAGAAAAAAUUGAAUGGUAAAUCCAAAGAGUACAGAGACCUUGCUUUGCGCAAUCUUUUCAUGAUGAAUAAUAGGAGGCACAUAGAAGAUUUACUUAAAAGGUGGGAUUUGGAAACCGUAUUUGGCAACGAUUGGUUCCAGAAAAAUCAAGCAAAAUUCCAACAAGACCUUGAUCUUUAUAUAAAAAAAUCCUGGAUCAUGGUGUCUGAGUUUUUGAAGUUGGACAACAAUGACUAUGCGGCACUCAAUGACGAUGUUGCAGAAGAUAUAUUGAAAGAAAAGCUAAAAUUGUUCAACAAGCAAUUUGAAGAGAUGUACAGAGUUCAGUCCAAUUGGUUUGUAUAUGAUAAGAAGCUUAAGGAAGAAAUAAUAAUAUCAGUGGGAAAUACCUUGCUGCCAGUAUAUGGAAUCUUUAUUGGGAGGUUCCGUGAUUGUCUUGGUAUUCAUGCAAAUCAGUAUAUUAGAUAUGGAAUGUUUGAGAUUCAAGAUCGCCUUAACAAUUUGUUUCUGAUGAAAAACAGUUAGUAGAAUAAUCAGUACAUGGAACCAUUUGGUGUGUUUGUGUUUUUAAAUUGCAUAUGCAUUUAUGUUGUUGUAAAAGUUAUGUUUGGACCCAAAAUAAUUCUAGGAUUUCUCUGGAAUAUCUGUUUGAAAGCGAAUUUUCAAUUUACAGUUUCAAUUCAAA